GGGGUUGGUCGCCUCUUUAUUGGGGCCUUUCCUCGUGGAGACAAAUAAAGAAAGAAAAGGAGGGCCUUCAGAAGGAUCUAUUUGUGCUAUUUUUGUUUCCCUGGGCUCAUUUUUUAGCCCCAGGUGUCCCCUAUCCUUUUCCAUUGCUGAAGAGGAAUAACGGUGGAAUAAUUAGCUGGAGAUCAUCAUGGUUCGGGGAAGACGGAGGUGAGACGGAUCGAGAACGCGACCAGCCGCAGGUGACGUUCUCCCAAGCGCCGGAAUGGUCUCCUAAAGAAGGCCUUCGAGCUCUCCGUCCUCUGCGACGCCGAGGUGGCGCUCAUCGUCUUCUCCCCUAGAGGAAAACUCUACGAGUUUUCCAGCUCCAGCAGCAUGCAAAAGACAAUCGAUCGUUAUUUGAUGCAUACAAAAGAUGUCGACAUCAACAUCAGAGCAACAGAACGAAUUAUGCAGCAACGGAAGUCUGAAGUUGAAAGCAUGACAAAGGAGAUUGAACAUCUCGAAGCCUCUAAAAGGAAGCUAUUGGGUGAGGGUUUAGGAUCAUGUUUGUUAGACGAAGUCCAUGGACUAGAGAUGCAGCUGGAGCAAAGCCUAAUCAAAAUCAAGGAAAGAAAGUAUCGCAUGCAAAUGGAGCAAAUUGCACAGCUAAAAGAAGAUGAGAGGAUUCUUUUGGAAGAGAACUCAUCAUUACGUGGAAAGUGCAAGACAGAACGUCCGGUACAACUGAUAACUCAGGCAUCUGCAAAUGAUCAGGCCCGUCAAAAUAUGGAGGUAGAGACACAGCUGAUUAUUGGAAGGCCAGGAAGUAGUGAGGCUAAACAACAGGAUCAUGUUAGCCUCAACAAAUAUGAGUCACAGGUUUAGAGCUUGCACUUGAUUAUGCACACCUCCGAACAAUAAGUUCAUGACACACCAAUUGUUUAACUUUUCUUCAAAUCCUCAAUCCUUACAACGAUUCGAACAAUGGGACAUCAAAAGGUCAAAAUAACAGAGUGAAUUGUUUUCGGUGUUAGUUAUAGACCUUCAAAUUUGUCAGAAAAGAGUAAGAAUUCAAAAAAUAUACAUACUUAUCAUCUAUGUGAUCUGGUAUGAGUAAAGACAUGAUAAUUUCAAAUUUCUUAAUCGUUCCAA